CUUGAAUCAGUGGACAAAUUAGGCCWACUAUUUGGCCAACAAUUCAACGGCUACUCAAUCGAUGACCUAAUACUAGCCAACUAUCCGUUCGGUGAACUUCCGUCGGCCAAUGUAUUCAUCAAUGGGACGGCAAUUAUCCGCCGACUGGUCAUAAAAACUCGCCAAAACUCCAGUCGUUCGGUAAUAAUAACAACAACACUAAGAGCCGGACUUUUUUCGGCGGUAAUAUUGGMCGUACUUUGGAGGCCAUAGCUAUAGCCAACUGUCCGAAUAUAGGACGAGACGAGUGGCAACUGAUGGCCAACGAUAUUGGAGGCGGCGGUGGCGGCGGUCCUAUACUCCGUGAACUGGUUAUUGUCAACAGUGGUCAUCAUCUCAACCAACAACAACCGGUCAGUCCAUCGAUUACCGAUUUGUCCAGUUUUCUACCCGUAUCGGCAACAUUGGAACACCUGAUCAUCAGGGGCUCAGGUAUGCAAGUAUUUUCGGCUAACCUAUCGGUGUUUACCAGACUCCAGUUACUGAUCUAUCCCAUACACCGACAUUGGAAACAUUUAGCCUACUGGGCCCACUAUCUGGGACAGUGGGUGCAAUUAAUUUGAGCGGGUGCGGACUGGUUAGAUUUGAUGCGACAACACUUGCCUAUUUGAGCCGGGUGCCAUUUGUUGAUUUAAAAUAUAAUAAAUUAUCAUGCUGGUGCGAUGAUAUUGGUAUAUUGACAUCAUU